CCCGCCUUCAUCCUCGAGGACGGGAUCGAAUAACGAGUAUCCCACGACAUCACCUUCGCUCAAAACAUUUGUCAUGGCUUCUCAGGCGGAUUACAAGGAUCGCCAGUUUCUCGCCGUCAUCGGCGAUGAGGAUUCCGUAACAGGACUGCUCCUCGCGGGCAUCGGUCACGUCACCACGGGCGCCGAUCCUGAGAAGAACUUUCUCGUUGUCGACAACAAAACAGACACCGGAGCCAUUGAGGCUGCCUUCGACCGGUUCACCGAUGAGCGAAAGGACAUUGGCAUUGUACUUAUCAACCAACAUAUUGCCGAUAGAAUACGACACCGUAUCGACACCUACACCGCGGCCUUCCCUACCGUCCUUGAGAUCCCUAGUAAAGACCACCCCUAUGACCCCGAGAAGGACAGUGUUUUGAGGCGCGUCCGACGUCUGUUUGGAGAGUAA